AUGAGAGGUAAAUGUUUAUGUGGUGACAAGAUAUUGCUUGCAUUGUAUGAUACUGGAGUUUCGCAUUCAUUCAUUGCAUUUGAUAAGGUUGAGGAACUAGAAUUGAGAAUGUUAGAAUUAGCUUUUGAUUUACAUGUGCAUACCCUGUAUCAGACGGUUGUGAAUAGAUCAGGUUGUAGGAAAAUAUCUUUCAAUAUUGAUGAUAGAGAAUUUGUUCAUUAUUUAAUCUGCUUGCCAAUGGUUGGGUUGGAGAUGAUUUUGGGGUUUGAUUGGUUGUCAAAGAACCGGAUAUUAUUGGAUUGCUUUGAGCAAUUGAUUUGUUUCAUGCCGGAAGGGGAAGGAGGAGCAGUGGUAGCUGAGGGUUAUUACCUGAACUCAGUGAUGGUGAAUUGUAGUGGGGAAGAGUGUCAGGGUUAUAUACUUUUGGCUGUGAACGCGUUAGGUGAUGAACAGAAGUUAGAUCAUAUUCCGAUAGUUAGGGAUUUCCCAGAAGUAUUUCCUGAAGAUAUUCCCAAAUUUCAACCUCAAAGGGAAAUUGAAUUUGUGAUUGACUUGGUGCCAGGAGCUGGAUCAGUAUCAGUUGCACCUUACAGGAUGGCUACGAUAGAGCUGGCAGAACUUAAGUCUCAGUUGGAAGAGCUUCUGAACAAGAGGUUCAUUUGA